AUGUCUGUAAAGUGUAAACAUUGUGGCAAGUGUUUUAGUAAACCUUGUAAGCUAAGGAUUCAUGAAAGGAAUCAUACUGGGGAAAAGCCCUAUGAAUGUAAACAGUGUGACAUGCGCUUUAGUGAGGCAGGAAAACUUAAGAGGCAUGAAAGGAUUCAUACUGGGGUAAAGCCAUAUGAAUGUACACGGUGUGGCAAGUGUUUUAGAGAUGUUGGAAACCUAAGGAGUCAUGAAAGAGUUCACUCUGAGGAAAAGCCUUAUGAAUGUAAACAAUGUGACAAGUGUUUCAGAUUAAAAGGAAGUCUAAGGCGUCACGAAAGAGUUCACACUGGGGAAAAGCCAUUUGAAUGUAAACUGUGUGGCAAGUGUUUUAGCCUAAUGGGAAGUUUAAGGCGUCAUGAAAUGGUUCACACUGGGGAAAAGCCUUUUAAAUGUAAACAGUGUGGCAAGAGUUUCAGCCGAACAGGACGCCUUAGGAUUCACGAAAGAAUUCACACUGGGGAAAAGCCAUAUAAAUGUAAACAGUGUGGCAAGUGUUUUCAUCUAAAAGGAAGUUUAAAGUAUCAUGAAAGAGUUCACACUGGGGAAAAGCCAUAUGAAUGUAAACAGUGUGGCAAUUGUUUUAGCCAUGCUGGAAGCCUGAGGAUUCAUGAAAGAGGUCACACUGGGGAAAAGCCUUAUGAAUGUAAACAGUGUGGCAAGUGUUUCUGCCUAUCAGGAAGCUUAAAGGUUCACAAAAGAGUUCACACUGGAGAAACGCCUUAUGAAUGUAAACAGUGUGGCAAAUGUUUUAGCCGAUCUGGAGAGCUGAAGAGGCAUGAAAAAGUUCACACUGGGGAAAAGGCUUUUGAACAUAAAUAAGUGUUUUUGUCAAUCAAGAAACUCUAGGAGUCACAGUAGAAAAAAAGUUGCAUCGUAACGAAGGUCUGUUGGCUUGUAAAGUUGACAAAUGCUUUGCUCUUUAGUAGUAGUAGUCAAUUUUAUUUCUCUUCAACCAUAACUGCUACUACAUGUAUAAAAAGUAAUGGGCAAAAUUCUGGUGGCAGGGAAGCACUUCAAUCUAGGGGUAUAGGGCUGUUGAUAAGGGCCGGUAGCCUGCCAAAACUGCCGGCCGGUUAGGCAUCUUUAGCCAGCUACUCUCGUCUUCUUCUAUCAUAACUGCAAACAAAAUAUAGCACCAUCGAAUAAAAUUGUAAAGUAUCGGUUUCUCAGUUUUGAUCAACAUUGAAUGCAUAUUUAAACAGGUUUAGAUCUGUGAAACAUUCGAACCAUGGAUGCCUGGGACAUUUCAACAGCAUUGUUCCCAGCCUUAUGUGUAUUCUGACCAAACAACAUGGCAUGGAAAGGCCAUUUCUGAGAGUAAUUUUCAAAAUGUCCCUAGAUGCCUCGGCCCUCAAGAACUUGUACCUUUAGUGCAAGUUGCAAAGCCACCUACUGUACAUUAUCAGCCUGCUACUUAAAAACUUUUUGUCAGCCCUGUGGGGUAAGGGGACCAUGAGAGAAGCUCUCCUGGGGCGAGACAAGAUCAAGUGGUACUGGGGUAGCAACCCUGAGCAGGAGUCCUGAUCAGUUUUCAGGGGUGAGGCCCAUAUUUGCCAGUCACUAGGAACUAAAGAGAACCAGGAAGGGUGACCCUCCUGGGUGGAGUAUAGAUCAGGUUGGACUGGAGGUCCACACCCUAGAGUGGAUAUUUUUCCAGACCUGUCUCCAAGGGCUAAGUCUUACUUUGGGUAAAGUGCAGCCAGGGUUGUACUUCCCUGCCACUACUUUUAGAAAAACAGUAGUUCUACAGCCAAGGAACCAAUGAAUGAAUGUGACCUAGUCCAGUAUAAUACCAUAACAUAAGUGCAGGCUUCGUACGGGUCCUGGAAAUCCUGAAAAGUCCUGGAAUUUUAUUGUUACUUUUAAAAUGAUUAAUCUUAUAUAUAUACAUAAAGAAGUAGAGGAAUCCAAUAAUAAUUGCUGAAUGGUACACAUUCUGGUCGUGCGAAAUAUAUAGUGAGCAUAAGGAAGAAAUGAAAGAGCUAAACAAAGGUUCCAGUCAGAAAAAGGGGGGGGACACUGUUGUGAAAGAACCAAAGACAUAAGAGAACUGACUAGGUAACGACAGUGUGUGGCAAUAAGAGGAGCACAUGUGCGUGAUCAGCAUGUGAUAUUAUGAAUGGAACCUUUGUGGAGUCUAGAAAAUAUCUCAUGCUAAGUUACGGUGGACUUUGCCCAGUUUGUCAAAGGAGAAGGAUACAUUUUAAUCGAACUAGUUACUGUUCGUUGUUCUUUCUUGUACUUUGGACUAGUAUCUACAGUUACUUAGUACAAAAGCUUAUUUAAAUGUUGAACGUUGUUUGACAAAAGAACAGGGACAUUAUUGUUGCUAGUUUGUCAAUCUGACUGUGCUUUCAUAGGACAUGAUCUCGGUUUUAUUAACAUCAGUUUAUGCUGCCAUAAAUUUUAAGUAAGGAUUGUUACUUGUUUUUCGUUUGGCCACCUUUGAUUACUUGGUUGAGUUGAAGAGUUUCAAGAUCAGGAGCUAUCGACGUAAAUCAACGUGUUUUUGGUUAUCGAAUCAAACUUCUGUUUAUAUUAUUUGAACAACAUCCUUUCAAAUUAAUAAAAGUAUUCAUAACAGUUAACUUUAGAGCACACCAUUGAUUUUCAUGUCAAUAAUUUUACAAUACAAUACUCAAAACCAUAAACUGGUGUCGUCACGGCGUGAAGUCUUUAGAAUAGCACUAUCACAAAGGAAGAGGUUAAUUGAAACAAAAAAUCGCGCAUUAAAAUGCUUAAAAUGACACUACUCGACUGAGGGUGUGGAUGGGGUUAACUGACAACUGACAAAUGGCCAAAAUUUUAACUGACAACUGACAUUUGUACCCCCCCCCCAUCCAGACCCUCUGACUGUGUGGUCAAUGAAAAAUGUUGCAGUUUUGACGGAGGACAGGGCAUUUGCCCUCUUUUUUCGUCCCCACCCUGGGGGAUUUGACAGCUCAAGAGUCCUUUACCCCCGGGAAUUUGCCAUCCAGGACAAAAAACAUGCUAAUGCCUGGGGGUCAGCCCGGGGAGGGGGGAGGCUGGGCGCAGCUGGAAUUGACUGAUGCAUAAAGGCACUGUGUAAUAAGUGUGAACGAAGCAAUUUUACAUCGGCGUGUGAGCGGAAACCACCUUUUUCUACCCUGCGUAGCAUGACGGUUUUGGUUUGGCGCGUUAAAUAAUAGAGGCGGGCGAGGGCUUUGCCACUCGUCCGCGCGCUUCGCCGCUCGUGCGCCUGGCUCGACAAAACCGGCCACGGCUCGCGGCACGACAAAACCGCCAUGCUACGCAGCCUGUUCACAGACCCUCUAUUUUCUCUUCAAAGUCCGUCGAGCGCGGGUGAUAGAAAAAUGUUUCUUUCUCGCGCUCGUUCUCGAGCGCUCUCUUCGCUGUUUUUGAAAAGAACGAAAAGAAAAAUAAAACAAUGUAUGUUUACAUUUGUGCCCAUUGUUAUCGGAGGCAGACUGAGUACUACUUCCAAGGUAGGUACGUCAUGUAUGGGACAUUGAUACAAAACGCCAUUCGGAAACAGUAUUGAGCACUUUUAAUUCGAGUUCUUUUUAUUUGAUCCACAACCCCGAAACCUAACAACCAAGGUAAGAAAAGUUUUUCAGUGCAUGAUUUAUACAUAUUAGAAUGACUUGAGUGACAAUAUUGAUCGACACAGCAGAAAAACAGGCUUUUAGCCCACAUAAAUGACAGCUUCCCCAGUUGAUGGUAUCAUUAAUAAGCAACCGCCUUUCGUUGGUUAUUGGUCUGAUUGGUCAAUUACUUUGCGCAACGUAAUUGACCAAUCAGACCAAUAACCAGAGUCUAAUACCAUCAACUGACGUGAUACAACUCACUUUGACUCUGAAGAUGACUAUUCUUGGGUUGCACGUGACGUCACCAAAAAUCAAACUAGGAAACUAUCGAUUCUUCUGAGUUUCUACUUUCACGAGGUAUUACAGUAUCUAAACACCUGUACAUAAACAAAUUUUUGGUUCCAAAGGGUUCUUCGUUUUGCGAGAGAGGACGCUUGAAUUUCCAGCCUUUUGCGUGACGCGGCAUUUAGCUGGCGGCCGGGAAAGCUCUUAUGUGGGUUAAAAACAUUACCGAUUUUGGGAGAUGUUGCAAUCUAAACAUUCCUUGUCUCAGAAGAAAUAUUACUGUAAUCUUUAUGAGUUCCUCAAGCGAAGAAUUCACGCAUUAGUAGGAAAACUUGUUUCUGUUAGUAUCCGGCGGCCAUAUUGGUGUUCCUGAAAGGGACACCAACAUGGCGUUUCCAUACAAAGCCUUAUAAAUCUAGGUAAACCGUUUUUCCCAAUAUCUCGCAUUUGAAAUAUUUCACAGACCUGAUUCUUGGCAAGGGUUUUUGUAUAUUUAUCUUUUUUCAUUUCCCAGAUUCUAGUCCUUCUGUACUGAAUGGCUUGCAUUUUUAUUUUUCAUUGCGUGACAGUGCAAGCCGAGAAUAGUGGAUUUUGCUAUCGGGCUUGUGAAAUUCUGUUGUUCACUUGCACCACCAAGCAAGUGAUGCUUUUUGAGCAAUUCGAAUAACAGAAGAACUAUAAAUUCAAUUAUGCUCGUCAAAAAGCGUCUGGGGCUAGUUGAAAUGACCUCUGCACUAGUAAAAGCUAACUUCAGCUUGCCUGAAUGGCAAGCUGUAAAAAUGAUUUUCUUUGCAACCUGCUUGAUCUUUAACAUAAUCAAUUUUGUGAAAGGUUUGAACCCAGGAGUCAUUUCAAAAGGUUGAGUUUGAUCGUCCGGGUGAACGUAGUCCUGAAUAGGACUGUUGUUAUUGACAGUGACUGACGUUUCGACAACCUGUGUGGUAGUCAUCUUCAGAGUCAAAGUGAGUUGUGUCAUGUCAGUUGAUGGUAUUAUACCGUGGUUAUUGAUCUGAUUGGUCAAUUAUGUCGCAAUGUUAUUGGUUGUCUGUCAGUUAAGCCGUGAUGUUAUUGGCUAUAAAGACUCGUAAUCAGUGAUUGGUGCGUUUCGAUCCGUCUAUUGUCACAGUUAAACAGUCGUCUAUUGUUAGUCAAAUUGUCAGUUCUCCAGUUGUUCUCUCAUAGUUAGUUUUGCUUGAUCUCGUCAAUAAGUCGUUUGUACGGUGCUGGUAAACGGCACUGUUUUGGUCAGCCCUAUUAAAACAAUGACUUUUUGCGACAUUUGAGCAACAGUUUUCUCACCAUCAUAAGUGAUUGUGCGAGGUGGUCGCUACCAAAAGAAUUUGUCAAAUGUCUGGCCCAAAAUGUUGUUGUCGUCCUUUCGGAAAUUUAGAUAAAUGUAGUGGUGACUUACGAGAGAAUUGUUGAAACAGUGUUUGACUGAGAAACAAAACAGUUAUUUCUAAAGUUUCAUCUUACGAGAACUGGUCGCUAUGAGACGGUUAACUGCAGUGUACCAAAACAAGAAUAUCUUUUGAAAAUAAUGUUUACAUCAUUUGAUGAUUGUACGUACAAAAUUAAUAUAUUUUUGGUCUUUUCGUUAGCUCAUGACCGUGCGUCUUUAAUCAAGCUCGAUUAUGUUGUUUUAGAAAGAUUAAAACAUAAUGUCUCUCUUUUAUGUUGAAAGGGUGUAAAGGAAGAGGCAAAUCCAUGUCUUUGAAGUGCAAACAGUGUGACAAGUAUUUUAGCCAAGCAGGAAACCUAAUGCGUCCAGAGAGACUUCACACUGGGGAAAAGCCUUAUGAAUGUAAUCAGUGUGGAAAUCGUUUUAGCUGAUCAGGAGACCUGAGGACUCAUAAAAGAGUUCACACUGGGGAAAAGCCUUGUGAAUGUAAACAUUGUGGCAAGUGUUUUAUUGAAGCAGGAAACCUAAUGAAUCAUGAAAGAGUUUACACGAGGGAGAAGCCUUAUGAAUGUAAACAGUGUGGCAAGUUUUUUGGCAGAGCAGGAGCCCUAAGGAGACAUGAAAGAGUUCACACUGGGGAAAAGCCUUAUGAAUGUAAACUGUGUGGGAAAUGUUUUAGCCGAAAAGAACUUUUAAAGAUUCAUGAAAGACUUCACACUGGGGAAAAGCCUUAUGAAUGUAAACUGUGUGGCAAGUGUUUUAGCCAAGCAGGACACCUAACGAAUCAUGAAAGAGUUCACACUGGGGAAAAGCCUUAUGAAUGUAAACAGUGUGGCAAGUGUUUUAGCCAAAAAGGAAGUCUAAGGAAUCAUGAAAGAGUUCACACUGGGGAAAAGCCAUAUGAAUGUAAACUUUGUGGCAAGUUGUUUCGCGAAGCAAGAAACCUAAGGAUUCAUGAAAGAGUUCACACUGGGGAAAAGCCUUAUGAAUGUAAACUGUGUGGGAAGUGUUUUAGCCAAGCAGGACACCUAAGGGAUCAUGAAAGAGUUCACACUGGGGAAAAGCCUUAUGAAUGUAAACAGUGUGGCAAGUGUUUUAGCCAAACAGGAAGUCUGGGGAAUCAUGAAAGAGUUCACACUGGGGAAAAGCCUUAUGACUGUAAACUUUGUGGCAAGUUGUUUCGCGCAGCAAGAAACCUAAGGAUUCAUGAAAGAGUUCACACUAGGGAAAAGCCUUAUGAAUGUAAACAGUGUGGCAAGUUUUUUGGCAGAGCAGGAGUGCUAAGGAGACAUGAAAUGGUUCACACCGGGGAAAAGCCUUAUGAAUGUAAACUGUGUGGGAAGUGUUUUAGCCGAAUAGAACUUUUAAACAUUCAUGAAAGAGUUCACAAUGGGGAAAAGCGUUAUGAAUGUAAAGAGUGUGGCAAGUGUUUUAGUCAGUCGAGCGGUCUUAGGAGGCACGAAAAAGUCCACAGUACAAAAAUGUUGCAUAAAUGUGACAGUGACAAAGGUCCGUUUACACGUGUUCAUUGUAAGCGUAAGAGAGAAGAAAGUAGUACAAGGUCAGGAUUGACUAACAACACACUGUCACAAAGAGAGACUGGAAACAGUGGUAUGAAGGAUCCGCAAUCGCCUAUCCUUGAGAAACACAGCUGUUGGAUUUGUCAAGAGGAGAUGAGUAGUGAAUCUCUUCUUGUUCAACAUUAUGAAAACCAUAUGAGGCAUGUUGCUGAAGAUGGCUCAUAA